AUUAGUGCUUCUGUAACUCCACAGGCUUCAUGGCUCUUACAAAGCAAUCGAAGGUGGCUGGACGCUGGAUGCACUCACUGACCUAACUGGAGGAGUCGGGGAGAUGUACCGGAUUGCGGACUAUGUGAAUCAUCGAGAACAUCUUUAUGAACAGCUAGCCACUGCCUCAAGAAAAAGAGCUCUCAUUACUUGUGGUACCAGCCAGCAAACAGAAGCAGGGGGUCAGCACGAUGGAUUAGUGGCAGGCCAUGCCUAUGGCGUGACAGCUGUGAAAAAGCUAACUACUCCAAGAGGCAGAAUACCCUUGGUUCGAAUUCUAAACCCUUGGGGUUCUGGACAGGCAAUGGAGUGGACUGGAGACUGGGGAGAUAGCUCACCUCUUUGGGAUGAAAUCCCAGUUUGGACAAGGGAGGCCUUUGGGUUCACUAAGAAGGAUGAUGGUGAAUUUUGGAUGAAGUUUGAUGAUUUUUGUGAACAUUUUGAUAAUGUGACUGUCCUUACACUUGGGCCAGAUUUCAACUGUAACGGCAUCUCAGAAUCGGGAAGCCUACAAGAAGUUAAAGGUCGAUGGCUACCAGGGUUCAAUGCAGGAGGCAGUCGCAACAAUUUGGUGAUGUAUGCUACCAACCCACAACAUCCAAUUACUAUCCAGGACUCAGAUGUGUCCCCAGAUGAGAAGGGUGAUGAUGAGGAUGGCAGAUGCUCUGUUCUGAUCUGCUUGUUGCAAAGCUUUAACAGAAGAGACAGAAAGUUGGGACUCAAAAUGAAUCCAAUUGGCCUUCAGAUUUACAGGACCAAUGAGCCAGAGAGUACAUUGACAAUUGACAUGUUAGCAAAGCAAGUAGAAGAGGCUGACUCUGGUCCCUAUGUGGCUCAACGCAGCAUCAACCUCCGCUGCCAGCUGACAGUGGGCAGCUAUGUCAUUAUUCCCAGUACCUUCAGCCCAGGUGCCACCGGGAGCUACAUGCUGCGAAUAUUCACUGAAGAACCUGUGCUGGUCCAUGAAGCUCUUAACUUCUGUUCUUGUGAUAUAUGAACCCACCACAGGUGUCCACAGCUCCACAUGGCUCACCUGAAACUUUUCUACUUCUACCAAUGCUGAGUGCAAAUACGUUUCUUUGCCCACUGGUUUUAAGGCAGCCAAAAUUGUUGUCCAAAAAUGUACCUGUACAUUUGAUCUUUUCUUUGUAGAUAUUGGUUUAGAACACAUAGUUUCUCAAACAUUUUACAUGUGUAGGACAGUUCUCCAAACAUCUGCAGAAUGAGCUAUUUCCAAAAUCUAAUGCAAAGGUGCCUUAUGUCAUUGUAUUGAUAACUGGUCUGAGUGUGCUGCUUUAGGAAACACAUUUCCAUCUGUGUGGCUUUUAUUUUUUAACUAAACAAGUCAUGCAGUUUCAUAAAUAGAAAGUUUGGGAGAAAAGUCUUCUUUGUGGUGUUAAUGACAAAGUCUCCUAAAAUUCAAUAAAUUAAUUGUUUAAUUGCUUAUUUAACAUUAUUUAAAUAUCAUGUUUUAGCCCCCACAUGUUUAAAAAAAUCAUUAAGUGAAUAAAGCAACACAAUUGCACAACAGUAAAUCACUUUUUAGCUACUUAGUAUUUAACCUAACUGAUUGAUUUUCACGUUUUUUUACACCUCUGCUGUGACUCUUUGUUUUCUUAAAUUGCUUAUUCAGUGCACACACAAGGGAAGCCAGACUCUACCAUGAAAGCAUCAUGUUGAAAAAAGAAACUGAAUGGGAUACCAGUCCACAGAACAAAUGCCUACACCCAACAUCGCAGUAUGGAUUUGUCAGUCAAUGUGGUAGCAUGUCUUUGAACUGUUAGAGGAAGCUGGGGUGUGUGAAAGAAGUGUACAGGAAUGCUAAACCUUAUUGGAAACAAGAGGCAUUCCACAUCCCAGGCGGAGUA